AUGAGAACAGAUACGAUAGAGAGCAAUAACACCAAAUCCAGCGCUCCCCUCCUAACCCAAAGAUACCUGAGAAUGGUCACAAAGGAUGGACACAGCACGUUCCAGAUGGAUGGUGCACAAGGACAAGGUCUGGCGUACCUCCGAGAUGCCUGGGGAAUACUAAUGGACAUGCGCUGGAGAUGGAUGAUGCUUGUGUUUUCUGCUUCUUUUGUCAUUCACUGGCUAGUUUUUGCAGUGCUUUGGUACGUGCUGGCUGAGAUGAAUGGGGACCUGGAGCUGGACCACGAUUCUCCACCUGACAACCACACUAUUUGCGUCAAGUACAUCACCAGUUUUACAGCUGCAUUCUCCUUCUCUCUGGAGACACAGCUCACCAUUGGUUAUGGUACUAUGUUCCCAAGUGGGGACUGCCCCAGUGCUAUUGCCCUGCUUGCCAUACAGAUGGUCCUUGGGCUCAUGCUGGAAGCCUUCAUCACAGGUGCUUUUGUGGCAAAGAUCGCCCGACCAAAGAACCGGGCAUUCUCCAUCCGCUUCACUCGCUGUGCCAUAGUGACACACACAGAGGGGAAGCCAUACCUUAUGUUUCAGGUGGCUAACACACGCUCCAGCCCGCUCACCAGCGUCCAGAUUUCUGCUAUUCUUUACCAAGAACAGGAGAAUGGUCAGCUGCACCAGACCAGUAUUGACUUCCACCUAGACAGCAUUACUUUGGAUGAGUGCCCUUUUUUCACCUUCCCUCUGACCUACUACCACUCCAUCACCCCAUCCAGCCCACUGGCUGCUCUCCUCCAAAGAGAGGCUGCUCGCCACUUUGAGCUGGUCGUCUUUCUGUCAGCGGUGCAGGAAGGGACAGGAGAAAUGUGUCAGAGGAGGACGUCCUAUCUCCCCUCAGAGAUCAUGCUGUACCACCGUUUUGCCCCUGUGCUAGCCCGCAGUGCCAAAGGGGAAUAUCAGAUCAAGAUGGAGAAUUUUGACAAGACAAUUCCUGAGCUCCCAGCUGCAGCUGAUUCAAUGAAUCCAAGGAGGACUGCCAAGGAGAUCCGCAUCAACGGACAGCAUGUCGACAGCUUCCAGCUCUCUGAGGCUGGCCUCACAGAAUAGACGGAACAGACUUUGGACUUUGUGCCUUUUUUUUUAAUUAUUAUUAUACUAAACUCUGAGGUCACAUCAACAACCUUCCUUCCUUGCCUGCCCUGCAAUCUUCUAAUAAUCUCUCCCGUUUUCCACCUUCUGAUUACAACACAAUAUGCAAAGCAAAGAGAACUGGCAUGCCCAUGUAAGCUUGGGAGAGGCUGGAUCGACCUCCGAGGACAAAGGCAGGUACAAGGUUCACAGUACUGCUUCUGGGAAAUUAGAAGAACCAGCUGAAGUCACUAGAUUAUGAUUAAAGUUGCAUGACUCUGAAAGGAGAGACUUCCAAAGCUGACCAAAAUCCUAACUAACCAGCUUGUGACAAAUUGGACAGCAAAAAUAUAAGAGAAAAAUCUCACAAAACCAAUAUGCAGUCAUUCAGUCAAUACAUCAGUCCCUGGAUAAGCAAUUCAGUUGAUUCAAGACCCGGAUUUUUCUGUUAUUUUCAUUCUUUGUGAGAU